UGAACUUUUGGCCACACUUUUUUUUAACCUCUGACAUUUGCAUCUACCUUUAGGCAUCUAAGUACGUGAAGUAUAUAGAUAUUACUCUUUUCAACGAAUACGUAAUUCAAAAUUUUACACGAUGGCAUUGAUGACACGUCACUCGAAAUUGACGAUGCCAGCAGAAGUCCAACAUUAUUGGAAUGAAUUGGUAGCCAAAAACGAACUGACAAGGUCAGAUGUCAGUAUAUAUCCAAGCUACACUAACUUGACUCUUCCCUAUAGAGUUGUUUGCCGUCAACGUUAUGCAAGAAACGCGAAACGUAACAGGACUUUAUACCUUCUAGAAGUAAUGUAUCAGGAAUUGUUGCAGUCCAGGGUACUGGACGCCAUACGACUAUUUAGAGAAUAUUCCAAAGUUAUAAUUGUUCCCCUUGACCCCGAAGAUAUAAUUACAUUAUCUGCGAAAGAUCAGAGGAAAUUGGACAUUCUCAUGGCGGAAAAUUAAGUCAAAAAUUCUCAAAUCAGAGUGUCGACCCGUCAAAAAAUGUUUAGACGCGGGCUCUUGACGGAUGUCAAAUAGUUUUUGAAGUUGUAG